GACAGCUGAACUGACUGACCUGGCUGAUCUGUGGAUGGAUGGUUGCACUGCCUCCACUCGCUGUUAAUGUUUGUGAGUUUGCCUGCUGUUGAUGUUGUUGCUGAGGCUGGAACAGUUCAAGAGUUCAAGUCCGAACCAUGUCCGGUAGUGUUGCUCAAUAGGCGUGUCCUCUGUCCAGUGGCCAUCAUGAGUCUGGUGGGCUUGGGUUUGGGCGAUUUGGACGAGACGAGUUACAAUGAGAAGUAUUGGAUUCCGCUGCGCGGGAUGCUCGAGAUAAUUUUCCACCAACCCGCCGGGUCCUAUCAACCCGUCUCGUAUGAAGAGACCUACACGCUCAUUUACAAGUGUGUGAGCAUGCGGAGUGCCGAACGACUCUUCCGCGAUAUCGUCCAAUUCGUGGAAAGCGUCAUUCAAGGCUGGCAAAUCGGAUUGGAACGCGUUUCGGGGAGCCCGACGCUAUUUGUGGAGGCCUUUACCAAGACCUUGGAGCAAUACUUUCAUGCGACGAGCACUUUAUUGCCGGUGUGCACGUAUCUGGACAAGUCGUACGUGAAGAUCCGAAUAGGGUCAACGAUGGAGCUCUUUCUCAAUGGCGUGUUCACCCGAGGAAUUCAGCGAGAGAAUAUCCAAUGCUUUUUAAAGCUCCUUUCGGAGGCCCGAAGUCAGCCCUUUACCAUAUCGCCUCAGGUAAUGCAGAGGUCGGUUCAAUAUCUCCAUCGCUUGGAUGCUUCUCUGGUGAGCCUCGAUUGGGAGCUGUUCUCAGCCUUUCUCACUAAUGUCCGCCCCGCCAUGCUCGAAUGCGACCUAGAAGCCCAAAUUGAGGCAGAUCGGAAGCUCCAGGCUGAACUUCGGGAAUCGGGCUUCGCCUCGGGCGAGUCCAAAAGCCGGAAACGAAUCUUUGACGCGGAUCACUAGCUGAAACUUCCACGUCUUGAUCGCAUUUUGUCAGAACGUGAUUGAUCAUUCAGAUUCAGAUAACAAUACCAUGUCCUACUAUGUAUGCUGUUAAAAAAACCCGCUAUUUUUCCAUUCACUUGUGUGCGGCAAUCGGGCUAAUGUCUAAAUAUUACCGAAAUAUCAUCAAAAAAACAUUGCA